AGUCCCUCUAAUUUGAUGGCCGCGUUGUCCCCCUACCCUUUUGCUUCUUCACCUCUUCACUCCAGUCUAGGGUUAGGGUUUUGGAUUUCGUCUCCAAUGGCACUGAAUCUCACCGUUGAUAGGGGCUCCGGCGAGGUGGAGACCUUGGAAUUCGGUGCGGGAGCAGUGAUCCGCGUCGGUCGCGUUGUCCGUGGGAAUACAUUCGCCAUUAAAGAUCCUGGGGUCUCGCAGAAGCACCUUUGCUUGCAAUUCGAUGCCGGAACCUCCAGGUGGACCGCCACCGACCUUGAUACGUCUAAUGGCACUUUUCUCAAUGGUUCCCUGAUUUCGCCCUGUGUGCCAGCCCCACUUUCUCAUGGCGAUUCUAUAAAGAUCGGCGAAUUAGCCUCCAUUUAUGUUCAAAUUCUCGAUUCUGAUACCUUAAUAGGAAAAACCAGGGCUUCUAGUAGGAAAGAUCCAAUCGUGGCGCCCCCUUGCCUGCCGGCGAGGACUAGGGCUGGUAGGAAGAAGAAAGAUGAGAUUUUGGAGCCAAAAAAUGUGGGAAGGGGCGGGAAUAGGAAGGUUAGGGUUUUGAACAAGGAGGAGACAGUGACAGAAGAUCGAAGAGAUGAUUCAGAGACUGUUGAUGUGGUGAAGGAGAGGGUGGAUGGAACUGGAGGAGAAGAGUGGGCUGAGGAAGUAGGUGAUAUGGAGAAGAUGACAUUGGGGGAGUGGUUUGAUCGGAUGGAGAAGUAUUUGCCACAGGUGAUCAACGAGGAGGCGCAAGAGAUCAUUGCAGGGUUGCGGGAGAAAGGUCGGAUGUUUACUGAGUUUGUCAUGGCUAAUGGUACCAUCACUGAAUGAUUGCGCAUUGCUUGUAUACUUGGAGAGGUUUGCACAUUGUUGUUAUGCUUUAGUUCUCACAAUUGCUUGAUGCAUGGACAUUACUUGCAGCCAUACUAAUAUUGAGAACUGAGAAGUUUAGUAGAAUAUGAUGUGAAUAAUAAUAUGAAUCAUGAUGGACAUGGUUA